UAAUGUAGUUAAUACUAUAAUUAUAGUUCUCGCAUCAUUGACCUUGUUAUCAGCAAAGAGAGAUUAUGUAGAAGUAUAAAUAUGUACUAACUAAGAGUAAGUGGAAAGUACUAGUGUCACAUCCAAUCAGACAACGCCAUAUUUAUCUAUGGCAUUUCGAGAGGUGUUGGUAAGCAUCGUAGCAGGACUCAGUCUCGUGGCUUCGGGCAUGAGUCUAGGUUUCCCUGCCAUUUCAUUGCAUCAACUCGAAGCAGAAGGCCUGUCGGAAGACGAUGCUUCAUGGUUCGCCAGCAUCCUGUCCGUGUCGCAAAUAUUUGGGUGUCUGCUGUGUGGUCCAGUACUGGACGCAUUCGGUCGCAAGAGAACGCUGAUUUUCACAUCGCUUCCGUUCGUCGUUGGCUGGGCUGUUCUGUGCGCUACGCCGCAACCAGCACAACUGGGUCUUUUGUUACUUGGACGAGUUAUCACGGGCGUAGCAUGUGGCAUUGCGAGUAUUCCCGCAACUGUUUACGUCGGCGAGAUGGCCAGCGACAGACUCAGGGGGAUGCUGGUCACGUGGCCAUCCGUGUUUAUGUCUGCUGGGAUCCUGUUGGUGUAUUUGCUGGGCUGGGGACUCAGAGACGACUGGCGUCUCGUGUCGGGCAUAGCCAUCGCUUUCCCACUUGUCGCCUCCGUGUUGGUCACCCUGUAUUUGAAAGAAACGCCCAGCUGGUUGCUCUCAAGGGGACGAGGAGACGAGGCUGAGGAAUCCUUCAGGUGGAUACGAGAAGUCGGCAGUCGCGGCGAGAUGCCGGAAGACAUCCGACAAGAAUUUCAGGAUUUACUCGAGGCUGCUAAGAAAAAGGCCGAUAUUCACGAUGAAAUUCCUCAGAUAUCGACGUUAUCCAAUAUCAUGGACGAUAAACCGACGUUUUCGACCAAGAAGCGCGAAUCAAGAUUCCAGAAGGCUUGGAGGCAGGCGAUGACCUUGGGGAGUCCGGACGUCUGGAAGCCUCUGGUCAUCCACAACUUUUACUUCUUUUUCAUGCAGUUUGGAGGGAUCCAGGUCGUGUCCUCGUACGCUGUGGACAUCAUGGAGUCUGCGGGCGUCUCCAUGGACCCUUACGGCGCCGCGGCGCUGCUGGGUGGCGUGCAGUUGGCGGGUGGCGUCGGGGCCAGUUUUGCCUUUAGCUUGUGCGGUCGGCGCGUCGUUUCGAUGGUGUCGGGGUUAGGAAUGGCCGUCACUAUGGUCGGACUGGGAAUUUACCUCGAAGUGGACGACGGAAGCUCGGAACUCUCGUGGCUGCCACUCGUACUAAUUCUGGGCUACAUAGCGUUCGCUAACGUCGGGUUCAAUCUGAUAGCUUGGGGGUUGCUGGGAGAGCUGUACCCUACCAAAGUAGCGGGUCUGGCCGGGGGAGUCACCACUUGCCUCGCCAACCUGAUGGGGUUCGCGGCCAUCAAGCUGUACCCCGCGUUCCAGGACUUCCUGAGGGGGGACAGUGGCACUUCCGGCGGGGCGUUCUCCUUCUUCGGGGCCGUGGCCGGUGCCGGGACCUUGUUCGUGUUCCUGUUCCUUCCGGAGACGCUGAAGAAAUCGCUCGAGCAGAUUGGCGAGGAAUUCCGCCAGCCUUGUGGCGUCAGGACUUUGUGUUGCAUCCUCGUGAGCUUCGUCUCCUCCGCGACUCUGCUGUCGGCUGGUAUGAACCUCGGAUUCUCUGCUGUCGCAUUGCCGCAUAUGCAGGACCCUGCAGGUACCGACAGACUGACGGUCGAGGAGGGCUCCUGGUUCGCAAGUACUGGGUUCAUCUCGACCCUGGCGGGCUGUCUCACCUGUGGGCCUCUGCUGGACAAACUCGGGCGCAAAAGAACGCUUCUCGUGAUCAACACACCCUUCGUCUUGGGCUGGCUGCUCAUGUGGACUGCCCCGAAACCAGCUCCUGCCGCCUUCCUCUACUUCGCUCGUUUGCUGAACGGAUUGGGCGCUGGCAUGGUCAGUAUCCCAGCUACGAUAUACAUCGCUGAGAUGGCAACUAGCCACACGCGCUGUUUGCUCGUCACUUGGCCCUCCCUGGCGGUCUCUGUCGGGAUCCUGGCCAUGUACGCCCUCGGGUUGGUUAUCCAGGACUGGCGUACGAUCGCCGCCAUAAGCGCCUCUGUCCCGGUGAUCACAGCUCUUUCCAACCUCGUGUUCAUCAGAGAAUCUCCGAUAUGGCUCUUGGCUCAAGGACGCGACGAAGAGGCCGAAACGUCUUUCGAGUGGAUACGACACGUCAAGUACAAGGCGAUGUCAAAAGAACUUCGCGCCGAGUUCCAGACGUUUGUCAAAAACAGCAAGAAACUGAAACGAAGUGUCAAAUCGGCGCGUCCAGGUCUCGGCGAUGGAUCGGGCGAGGAUGUGCCGUUGUGUCGACGCGCUGGGACGAAGUACGGCACUCCGGAAGUCGCGGUAAUCAAGGGAAGGCGGAAGAAUGUCUUCAGAGUCGUCUUCUCUGCUCUGAGGCGUUCGGAUGUCUGGAAACCCCUCGUGAUCCUCAACUCCUACUUCUUCUUCAUGCAGUUUUCUGGUAUUCCGGUCCUCAUCGCCUACGCAGUCAAUAUCAUGAUCAGCGAAGGAGUUGCCCUGGAGCCCUACCUGGCAACACUGCUCCUAGGUGUUGUCAAAUUCGUGUUCGAAAUUGCCGCUGGAUUUGUUCAGAACAGAUGUGGCAGACGACCGCUGUCGGUAGGUUCGGGGUUAGGAAUGGCUGUUUGCAUGUUGGGGCUAGGGGUGUACAACCAGGUGAUCGUGGACCCCGACAUGAGGCACAGACUCGAUUGGGUGCCACUCCUUCUGAUGCUGGGCUACGUCGUCUCGGCUGCCAUGGGUUUCCUUCUCAUCCCGUGGGCGAUGCUGGGAGAAGUUUUCCCGGCGACAGUGACGGGGCUCGCCUGUGGCAUCACGACGUGUGCGGGGAACUUCUUCGGGUUCGCCUCGAUCAAGCUGUUCCCAACGUUCGUCGUGCUUCUGGGCGGGAGUGCCAACAGCCAAGCCAUAAACUGCACCGAGGGCGUGUUCUACCUGCACGGAGGCAUCACUGCCGUUGCUGUGCUGUUCAUUUACUUGUAUCUUCCCGAAACGUUCAGAAAAACACUUAAGGAAAUUUCAGACGGUUUUUUAGAACCUAGAAAAAGGAAACUGUGUUCUAUUUGAACAGUUUCGGAACCUCGUGUGUGUGCCUGUCUUCUGAGAUGUUGCACCGUGAAGUUGAGAGAUGUUUCAGAUGUACUUGGUGCCUCCAUCAUCAGGGCGACGACCUGACAGAGCAGGAGACGCUCUGAUGAAACGUCGGUUAAUUUCUACAAGACUACACGAUGCAACAUCCAAGUAGUCAGUCAUCUUCAUGACUCACACUGUCGUGAUUUCUUUUUUGGUAAACCUUUGAAAAAAUUGUGAUUAAUUAAUGAUGACAGAUAUUUUUUUAACUAUGACUAUUUAACUGAUUAAUAGUUUCAAGUUUUUCAACUACGAAGAUUCUUAUCUACAUUUUGAACGAGUUAUGACCACAUAAUGUGUUGGCCUAACACGCUUAUGUGAAAUAAAUAGAAGAAUGAAUA